AUGUCCAAGGGCUUGAAGAAGAAAAGCCACUGGACGAGCCGGGUCCAUGAGUGUGCCAUAGCGCGCAACGGCGAGGGCCAGCUGGGCUUCGAGCUCAAGGGGGGAGCCGAGAACGGGCAGUUCCCCUACCUCGGGGAGGUCAAGGCCGGCCAGGUGGUCUACGAGAGCGGCGGCAAGCUGGUGCCCGAGGAGCUGCUCCUGGAGGUGAACGAGACCCCCGUGGCCGGGCUGACCAUCCGGGAUGUGCUGGCCGUGAUCAAGCACUGCAAGGACCCCAUCCGGCUCAAGUGUGUCAAGCAAGGAGGCGUUGUUGAUAAGGAUCUUCGUCACUACCUCAAUUUACGUUUCCAGAAGGGCUCAGUGGACCACGAGCUGCAACAGAUCAUCCGAGACAACCUCUACCUCCGAACUGUGCCAUGCACUACAAGGCCUCAUAAGGAGGGGGAAGUCCCUGGUGUGGAUUAUAUUUUCAUCACUGUUGAAGACUUUAUGGAACUGGAGAAAAGUGGUGCUCUUUUGGAAAGUGGAACUUAUGAAGACAACUACUACGGUACUCCAAAGCCUCCAGCAGAGCCCACCCCAUUGUUGUUAAAUGUGACCGACCAGAUACUCCCAGGUGCAACACCCAGCGCUGAAGGCAAACGCAAAAGAAAUAAGUCAGUGAGUAAUAUGGAGAAGACAGGAAUAGAGCCACCAGAGGAAGAGGAAGAAGAAAGGCCUGUGGUGAAUGGGAAUGGCAUGGCAAUCACACCAGAAUCAAGUGAACAUGAAGAGAAAAGUGCAGGGACCUCAGGUGAACCUUCAACUCAGCCUUAUCCUGCACCUGUAUACAGUCAACCGGAAGAAGUAAAGGAAGAUAUGGAUGUAACAAAGCCACCAAAACCAGAAGAAAAUGAUGAAUUAGGCUCUUUGCCUGACAAUUGGGAAAUGGCUUACACAGAGAAGGGGGAAGUCUACUUUAUUGACCAUAACACAAAGACAACAUCAUGGCUGGAUCCACGACUUGCGAAAAAGGCUAAACCUCCCGAAGAGUGCAAAGAAAAUGAGCUACCAUAUGGCUGGGAGAAGAUUGAUGAUCCCAUUUAUGGCACUUAUUAUGUUGACCACAUAAAUAGAAGGACACAAUUUGAAAAUCCUGUUCUGGAAGCUAAAAGGAAGCUUCAACAGCGUACCAUGCCCAACGCAGAACUUGGAACAAAGCCUAUGCCGGCCCAAGGUUUCCGAGAAAAACCGCUUUUCACCCGGGAUGCCUCACAGUUGAAGGGGACUUUUCUCAGCACAACUCUUAAAAAAAGCAAUAUGGGUUUUGGAUUUACCAUCAUUGGUGGGGAUGAACCCGAUGAGUUUCUGCAGGUGAAGAGUGUCAUUCCCGAUGGGCCUGCAGCCCAAGAUGGCAAAAUGGAAACUGGUGAUGUCAUUGUCUAUAUUAAUGAAGUUUGUGUCCUUGGGCAUACUCACGCAGAUGUAGUCAAACUCUUCCAGUCUGUUCCUAUUGGUCAGAGUGUCAACCUGGUGCUAUGUCGUGGAUACCCUCUGCCCUUUGAUCCCGAAGAUCCUGCCAACAGCAUGGUGCCACCUCUUACAGUCAUGGAAAGGCCUCCUGUAGUAGUCAACGGAAGACAUAACUAUGAAACUUAUUUGGAAUACAUUUCUAGAACUUCUCAGUCUGUUCCAGAUGUAACAGAUCGGCCACCACAUUCCUUGCACUCCAUUCCAGCAGAUAGUCAGCUUGAUAGUACAUUCCCACCACCUGUUCAUGAUGAUAAUGUAUCCAUGGCUUCUUCUGGGGCCACACAAGCUGAACUCAUGACCUUAACCAUUGUGAAAGGGGCCCAGGGCUUUGGCUUCACUAUAGCAGACAGUCCCACAGGACAGAGGGUGAAGCAAAUUCUAGACAUUCAGGGAUGCCCCGGUUUGUGUGAAGGUGACCUCAUUGUUGAGAUCAACCAGCAGAAUGUACAGAACCUGAGCCAUGCAGAAGUAGUGGAUAUACUUAAGGAAUGUCCAGUUGGAAGUGAGACUUCUUUGAUUAUCCAUAGAGGAGGAUUCUUUUCACCUUGGAAGACUCCAAAGCCUAUGAUGGAACGAUGGGAGAAUCAAGGGAGUCCUCAGACAAGUUUAUCUGCUCCAGCUAUACCACAGAAUAUUCCUUUCCCAUCCACCCUGCACAGGAGUUCUUUUCCUGAUUCCACAGAGGCCUUUGACCCAAGAAAACCUGACCCAUAUGAGCUGUAUGAGAAGUCACGCGCUAUUUAUGAAAGUAGGCAGCAAAUGCCAUCCAGGAGUGGUUUUCGAAUGGGUUUUGCUGGUCCAGACUAUAAGGAUUUGGAUGUUCAUCUUCGGAGAAUGGAAUCUGGUUUUGGCUUCAGAAUUCUUGGAGGAGAUGAACCUGGACAGCCCAUUCUAAUUGGAGCAGUGAUUGCUAUGGGCUCAGCAGACAGAGAUGGCCGUCUACAUCCUGGUGAUGAGUUGGUCUAUGUUGAUGGAAUUCCAGUGGCUGGCAAAACUCACCGAUAUGUGAUUGAUCUCAUGCAUAAUGCAGCUCGAAAUGGGCAAGUGAAUCUAACUGUGAGAAGAAAGGUGCUACCCACAGGGGAACCGUGUCCGGAGAAUGGCAGAAGUCCAGGCUCUGUGUCUACGCAUCACAGUUCCCCAAGAAGUGACUAUGCCACAUAUGCUAACAGCAAUCAUGCUGGAUCAAGUAGCAAUGCUACACCCCCAGAGGGCUUUGCUUCACACAGCUUGCAAACAAGUGAUGUCAUUAUCCAUCGCAAAGAGAAUGAAGGAUUUGGUUUUGUUAUCAUCAGCUCCUUGAACAGGCCUGAAUCAGGAUCAACCAUAACUGUACCCCACAAAAUAGGCCGUAUAAUUGAUGGAAGUCCUGCUGAUCGCUGCGCAAAACUUAAAGUCGGAGACCGGAUCCUAGCUGUGAAUGGCCAGUCUAUAAUUAACAUGCCUCAUGCAGAUAUUGUGAAGCUAAUUAAAGAUGCUGGUCUUAGUGUAACUCUUCGCAUCAUUCCUCAGGAGGAGCUGAACAGCCCAGCUUCCGCACCCAGCUCAGAGAAGCAGAGCCCCAUGGCCCAACAGCAUAGCCCCAUGGCUCAGCAAAGUCCACUCUCGCAACAGAGCCCAGUAGCACAGCAGAGUCCCGUAGCACAACCAGCACCUCCGCAGCCGCUCCACUCUCAAGGGCAUGAAAACAGUUACAGGUCAGAGGUGAAAGCAAGGCAGGAUGUGAAACCCGACAUCCGACAACCUCCAUUUACAGACUAUCGGCAGCCUUCAACAGACUACAGGCAGCCUCCAUUAGACUACAGGCACCCUCCAGUAUUGGAUUACCAGCAACCACCUCCUCUGGACUACAGGCAACCCCCUUUGGUAGAUUACAGGCAACAUUCUCCUGACACCAGGCAAUAUCCCUUAUCAGAUUACAGGCAGCCCCAGCCCCAGGAUUUUGAUUAUUUUACUGUUGACAUGGAAAAAGGAGCCAAAGGGUUUGGAUUCAGUAUUCGUGGAGGAAGAGAAUACAAAAUGGAUCUCUAUGUUUUGAGGUUGGCAGAAGAUGGGCCAGCAAUAAGAAAUGGAAGAAUGAGGGUGGGGGAUCAAAUAAUUGAAAUUAAUGGGGAAAGCACAAGAGAUAUGACACACGCCAGAGCAAUAGAGCUAAUAAAAUCUGGUGGCAGGAGAGUGCGGCUGCUAUUGAAACGAGGAACUGGACAAGUCCCAGAAUAUGACGAACCAAACUCCUGGAGUUCUCCCUCUGCCACCUCCCCAGGUCUGCCGGAAGUAACUAUUUCCCUCGAUGACAUUGUCUCACCAUUUUCUUCAUCACAUCUAGUCCACUCCUCUGACCCUUCCCACCAGAUGCACCCAGAAUCAACAUGGGAUAUCAAGAGGGAACCUGAAGUCAGAAAACCAAAGGAGCUUUCAGCAGACAGCCACAAAAAGAAAAGGUUAGGGGAGCAAACGGAGAGAUCUGUGAACCCAAAAAAGGUAGACAGGUCAAAACAUGAAGAGGCUUCCAGGAAAGGAAGCUCAGAAAACCAGAGUAUGACUGGUGAAAGCAGCAGGCUGGCCUUGGAAAGUAAGAUAGUGGAAAGGAACACAACAGCUGAGGCCGGAGAACGAGAUCUUGGGUAUGCUGGAACCAAUGCCGAGCUGGCUGGGAGAGCCAAGUGGCUGGAAAGCAAAAGAGGAGACUCUCUCAGCACAAAAGAUCACAGUGUCACAGUUGCCACAGAGAAGAAAUCAGCUGCAGCUCCUGAACACGUCAAGCUUGAUUCGACUGGUGCUACAAAGACGUACAGUAGCAAUAGCUGCAGCUCUCACGGAAGCGACACAGACCACAGUCAGAUGGAAUCCGACAGAAAGCCCAGUGAGUUCCCACGGAAGGGACACCUCCACUCCAUUAACACACGCAGCACCAACACAACAGCCCGAAAGGCAACUGUCUCACCAGGACCAUGGAAGAUUCCUGGCUCCAGUAAGCUUCCUGAUGUCCUAAAAUCUAGCACGUCAGCCAUGAGCCGAUAGAUCCGUGACUGUUGCCCUCAGUUCUGCAGUGAUGCAGAACAUUCUCCUUUGCUUCUGUUUCACGUUUGUUAAUUUAAUUUAUUUAACUACCACACACAACCAUUGCUGAAAACAUUGAGAAGCAGGAACAAUAAUGUGUAAU